AAGCAUUAUUUGUUUAGUGAAUACCUGUAGUCGUUUUGUUUUUUGUUGUUCUUUCAUAGAAAUUUGCAAAUGUUAAUACCACAGUAGAGAUUAAUAUACAUCUAAAUGUAUGAAAAAGUGUUUGAGAUAUCAGCAAAAUUAAGUGUGAGGAUAAAAUAUGAGUUGAAUAAAUACGGAGAAGUAAUUUUUUAAAAAGGCCAGCAAUUUUAAUGGCAUUAUGAAAUUACUGAGUUAAAUACACAAAGGAUAUAUGUGCAUUACAAGGAAUAUAUAUAUUAGAAAAGUUACUCAAUUUAGAAUUUCAUUACGGCCUUACCUAUGCAUUGGUAUUACAAUUUUUUGGUGCGACGGCCUUAUCUAAUGGUUCUGGCCGUGGCCGUUUUAUGUACAGCUUGCAUCACUGUAUCCGUGACCAUGAAUUCGGUACCAGAUUUUAGUGAUCCCACGUUGGGCUUUGAAACACGAGGCACGCCGUUAGGAAAACGUCUGAGCGCUUGGAAUAAUCUUAUACAGGAGACUGGACCCUCUGGUAGUCUAGUAACAGACCCAAAUGAUUUGCUCUUUUACAAUAAUAAUAACUAUCAUCAUUUAAAAAAUAUGCGAAAACAUCAACGUCACAAUCGAACUCACAAACGUAAAAAUCGAAAAAAGCCCAAAAACCCAAAACACCAUAAGAAAGAAUUACACAUGAGUAAGAAGAUAAUUUCGUUGCAAAAUCGGUUUAAUAUUACAGUCCGUAAAAGCAAUGAGACCGAUCUUUUACCAACUCAAUGGAAUGGUGAUAGUGGAGUGUUUCGGGAUUAUGAGAUUACAAAUGAUUCAUUGUCAAGCUUGGAACAAGUAAAUCGAAGUGAACAUUUUGAAUAUGGUCGUAAUACCACAUCUAUUGAUGAAGACUACCACCGAGAAAAGGUGCAGUCUAAAAAGAGUACGUGGAACAUUAUUAAACAAGCUCGAUUUCCGCCAAACGGAAAUGCUGGGCCUCAUGUGGAAGGGUAUUUUUGUGACUCACCCUCCAAGGAUUACUCCCACUUUGUAGUUGAGCGUAUAGGUCCUAAUGAUACGGAUUCACUUUUCGACCUUAAUAGUUUGCUAGCCAUGUGUCAAUUACAGAAUCAAAUUAUUGCUAUACCAAGUUAUGGUGGAUUUUGUCAAAGAGAAGAACUCACUGACUCCUGUUGUCGCCCAUGGUCACUACCUAAUUAUGCUGCACUUUUGGCCAAUAAGACUUCUUGCUUUGAUUUAAAUACUACGGACGUUGUCAUCCUACAGAAUUUAUUGGUGAUGUGCUUCGAAUAUUAUCACGACUUAAAGUUAAGCAAUGAUUGCAGCGAGUUCAGCCCCUGUCAAGCUCCAAGCGAAUGUACUCACGGAAAUAUUGUUUAUAAUAUUUUACAUUUUUUGACCGAUUACAAUUUUAUUCGUUUGAAUGACACAACAGUAUUUAUGAAAUAUGCAAUGAUAUUUGUACCUGUAGCAUCUACAUCAAAAAUUCUACCAUUAUUUCAUGAAUGGGAAAAUACUGAUUUAAAAAAUGAACUUGUGCAAGUAGUAUCAAUGGACUUGGGACUUGAAAACGAACUAUUUAAUGAAUCGCUGCUGACAGACGUUUGGCUGGUUUCAUUAGGCGGUAUUUUCGUUAUGACAUGUAUUUGGUUGUAUACAACGUCAAUUUUCGUUACAUUGAUGGUUUGUGUAGCAGUGCUGUUUUCAUUGGGUUUGGCUUAUUUUGCCUACACUUUGGUCUUUAAAAUGUCAUUCUUUCCAUACAUGAACUUACUGGCUGUGGUGGUAAUCAUAGGUAUUGGCGCUGACAAUGCAUUUCUCUUUGUAAAAAUUUGGCAAUGUGUUCUAGCGGAACGCUUUACUAAAUCAGCAAAGUCAACAUCUUCCACUCACGCAACACUAAUUGUUGAGGGUGGAAGUGAGCACACAGAAACUCUGCAGAAUUUAAUGGCGUCCGCAUUUCAUCAUUCAGCAUUAUCAAUGUUUGUAUCUUCGCUAACCACUGCUACAGCUUUCUUUUCGUCGUAUACUAGUUCCAUAACAGCUAUUAAAUGCUUUGGUGUAUUUGCCGGAACGGUAGCGGUUACCAACUAUUUGCUUAUGAUAACUUGGCUGCCUGCUGUCGUCUGCAUAAUGGAACGUUUAUCUGCUUGUGCUAGCUGCAAUAGUAAACUACCUGUACAAAAGCUAUUGCUAAUGUUUAAUAAGUCAAUUACAAAGUUCUGUCAUCUAUAUGAGACAGUUAUAACGAAGGCUGUGAUGAAUUAUUCAAUAAUAUGGAUAUGCUUAUUUGGUGCGAUAGGAUUAUGCAGCACAGUUAUUGUAUUGUAUGCGCCUGGGUUGCAGUUGCCGGAUAGCGACCAUUUUCAAUUAUUCUCAAGCAGCCAUCCGUUCGAAAUAUAUAAUAGUAAAAUGAAAAAUGAGUUUUGGUUUGAGAAGUCGAUGUCGACUUAUGAAAAUUUUAAAUUACCAAUGCGCUUCGUUUGGGGUAUACAGCCAGUCGAUGAUGGCGACUACACUGAUCCCUUUUCACAUGGAAACUUAUAUUAUGACAAUAAUUUUAAUAUAUCCACAAAGGCUGCUCAAGUUUGGUUGCUAGAUUUCUGUAAAAAAAUAAGAAAACAGCCAUUUUACGAAAUUACCUUUGGUUUAUUAUUGCCGAAUUGCUUCAUUGAAAAUUUUAUAUCCCUAAUGGAUCGCAUGUGUAUAGAUGGUAUGGACAAUACGGAUCGCACACCUUGUUGUGACGUAUCAAAGUUUCCUUUUGAGCCACACGUCUUCGAUAUUUGCCUGCCACAAAGUAUGUCCUCACUAUACGCCACUCCGCGCGAAUACUACACUCCUGGUGUCGCGGGGCCGAGAUUCCUAGCCGACAAGCAAAGCAAUUCACUAUACACUCAUAAUGAAGUUUCAAAUAGUAAUAAUUCGCAACAUGUUACACUGGCACCACCACAAGUGAAAGCUUUGGUGCUUGAGUUUGAAUCGAAUGUCGCCUACACAACGGCCUACACUGAUGUCAAAAAAUUUGUACAAUCAGUGGAGCUGUGGCUUGCGAACGAGUUGCGGGAAGCACCGCCGGAAAUGCAGGGCGGUUGGUUUACCAGUGAACUUAAGUUCUUUGACACUCAAAGUACACUUAGUCACGAUACGUUAGUUGCGAUUUCAGUUGCUAUGAGUGCUUCGCUCUUGGUUUUACUUUUGGUUACUUUGAAUGUUUUAGUAUCGUUGUAUGCGGUGAUUACAGUUUUACUUACAAUUUUUACAACGGUGUCAAUACUAAUUUUACUUGGUUGGAAAUUAAAUGUGCUUGAAAGUAUAGCUGUGAGCACUGCCAUUGGAUUGGCAGUCGACUUCAGCUUACACUACGGUAUACAUUAUCGCAUGUCGCCGACGAAAGAGCGUCUGGCCGCUAGCCAAUUUACCUUAUCGCGGAUUGUGGGGCCAACGUCAAUGGCAGCAAUCACUACAGGUGCUGCUGGUGCUUUAAUGCUUGCGUCCAACGUACUGCCAUAUAUACAGAUUGGUUUAUUUUUGGUUAUUGUAAUGGCUGUCAGCUGGUUAUAUGGCACAUUUUUUCUUAUGAGCCUACUAAAAACGGCUGGUCCGCAAUACGGUUUCAUGCAAUUCAGUUACCCGUUAAUGAAUAAAGGAUCAUCAACUACUGGCAAUAAGUACUAUGAAAGAAAACAAAGUCAGGUAAUUGCGAGCGAACAGUUAUUAACCCCAUCAAGUUCCGCUGUCGGCGAACUUAUAAACUCAGAAACCCAUGAACUUGAGUCGCUCACAUCGAGUUCGUUAAUUAAAACUAUUUCUGGUACAGAAAGCUCUCAUCCACUGAGUGUUGAUUUCGAACAUUCAUUCAAUAAUAAACACGAUAUUAUCAGCGCCAAUUUUUCUACCGUCAACGAUCACAAGAGUCCGUCUAUUGAAAGUCCUGAGUUACAUGUUACAAACUAAGAUACCUAUGCAACUAUUUUUGGUAAACUGUAUACGAUCAUAUGCAUACAUAUUUACUAAUAUUAGUGUUUAUAUUAAAUAGAUCUUAUCAUUGUUAUGCAACUGAAAGCACAAAUUGCAUAUGUACUUACAUAUAAGUAAAUAUUUUUGGGUACUAAAGUAUAACAUAAUACAUAAUUGAUUGUUUACUAUCAAUUAUAUGCUAACUUGCAUAUUUGAAUCAGUACAGAUUCGUUAAAUAAUUGUAAGCCGUAUUAAAAAAUUCAAUAUGUAGACUAAAAAUUAAAGAUUACAUAUAAUCUCCAAACCUCCCACGAUGAAUGGCUCUAAACUCAAACACGAUUACGUGGUUUAUAUGUUCGGACACUCGUACUAGGCAACCCGAGUUAAAUUACCUAUAUUAUCUUGUAGUAUUAUUUAAGUAUUAAAUUGCAGAUUGCGUUGCAAACGUAUUACGUAAGCCCUAAUUAAGAAUACAAAUGCAUGUAGUUAGUCUUCCGUUAGCAAUCAUAACCAGAAAAAAUACAAUUUUAUUCUAUCGAGUUCCUUAUUAUUUACACAUCGUUUAGCAGUCGUUCAACAGAUUCAUACAAGCCCCAAUCACGAAGCAGUACGCUACAGAAUGUUUAAAAAUGAAUGAGAAAUCAAGAUUUUUAAACUUUGUUUUAUAUGAAAAUUAUUAAUAAAAAUACAUAACAGACAAGCAAUUUAUAUUUGCAUUCGACUGCUAUCCCAGCGUUCGAAGCGUAUACAUAUGUAUUUGUAUAUUAACUCUUUCCUUAUAAAAUUUAUAAUAUACUUUUAUACUCGUAACAGAUUGUCUGCCGAAGUGUAUGGGCAGCGUGUCCAAUACAUACACGAAAUCGUUAGGUUGACGUUUGGCAUAGUUGCUUUAUCAUUAAAAAUAAAUUUAGAUACAAGUACUUAGUUUUACAAAUUUUUAGUUCCUAAGAAAUUUUCUGUCGCGAUUUUAUUUAUAGUAAUUUGUUUCACUAAUUGAUGUACACAAUUUAAUUUUUAGUUUACAGUAAAUUGUAAUUGUAACAUGUAUAUGUAUAUUCAUCCAUGUUAAUGCAUAUAAUAUUAUAGAUACUUCAUGAAACGUAAUUUUAGGUGCAAAUGUGUGAGAAAUUAAAUGAUAUAACAUAUAUGAUAUAUAGUUCUUUAUAUGUUAGUUGGUAUAAGCGUUUUAUAUGUCCAAUGUGUGUAGCGUUAAUUAGGAAUAAUUUAAAAUAAAUCUAAUGUUGGAUUAAAUUAUUUCGUUAAUCCACAAUUAUACACUAUAA